AAAAGUACAAGUGUGGAAAAAAAGUUUUUUACCCUUGGUUCUUCGGCGAAAGCUCAGAUUGUAUACAACAACGUCGAAAUCGACCCCUCAACGAGUGUUAACGAGAGCAGCAUUCCGAACGUGAAAGCUGGCUGCCUCGGAAUGGCGGCGAGAAAGACGAGGCAGAAUCACUCCAUACAGCAUCUCCUCGAGCUCCCAAGCUCGGCGAGACCUGCAAGAAAAACGCCCCCCGAACCGGACAAAGAAUCUCAGCAACACCCGACGCCUUCUACACCUCGACAAGUGCCCGUCACCGUUUUGCACCCGACACCAAAAAAGCUGUACCUGAGCAAAACCCGACAAGCUGCCCUCCGCGAAGAUAUCCAACAGCCGGUGAGCCGCGGCGUGGCGGCCAGUCUCACGCAUCCCGUUCACCUUAACGCACACCAAGAAGAGUUGUCCGUCGCGCGGCGGGACUUUCCCCGCCAGAUCAUGAACAAGGUGGACGACCGGGGCAGAUCCCCGGCGACGACGAGACGACCGACAUCCGCAACGUCAUCCAUCUUACCGCCGAGUCCCGAGGAACCACCGACGCUGGUGGAACUGACCAGUGUGCCGGGUGGACAGAAUGCAAUGGCGCACCUUAAGAAACGGAAGCUGGAAGCCGAGACCGCAACUCCAAAGCCAAAGCAGCAGCCUCUAAACAACAAGAAGGUGAUCGCUCAGCAGAGCGUCUCCCAGGACCUGAUGGAGGCCGCCGACACGGCGGCUAAACGUCGUAGAAAAAGCCUACGAGACGAAGAGGUUCGGAAGCAGAUAGAGAUGGAUGCCUCGAAGGUGAUUCCGCUUCCGCAAAAGAAGCGGGUUUUCACGACGAGCAACUCGGGAAGCCCGGCGAGGAAGACGAUAAAAAAUUCGGAAGAACCCGAGGACGACGAGACGCUGAUUCGGGAGACAGAAGCGGCCCUGAAGAGUUUGUCGGGAAGCUGGCCUGGUCCACGCGGUUCGUUUUACCAGCGCGGCAACUCCGACGAAGACAAGUACGAAUCGAGCUUUGAAAAUCUGUUCGAAGAGAAGAAAGAGAACCCAAAAAUGUCACCGUCGUCACUAUCGACGUGUUCAAACGCAAGCAACGAGGCCGGCUGCUCCUUGAAGGAUGUGAUCACGUUGCGAGGUCAGCAGGAGAGACGCUCACUGCAGACAGGAAGCAAGCAUCAGCAUCAGCACCAUCAACAACAACAACAACAACAACAGCAGCAGGUACUGCACCAGAAUAAAAGUAGAAAAGAUCUUGAGACGAUGUUGAAAAUCGAAAACGAAUAUGGCACUGUUCAGUCUCAGGUUGGUCCCGGCGUUGGUCAGGUUCACAACGAGGUGAAGAGGUCAUCCGGGGGUGGGAGUGGUUCCGGUGGUGGUGGACGUCCAAUUGGCAAGGACAGAAACAGCAGUGGUCAUCAACCGGCGGAAAAGUACUCGCGAUACGAUCCUCCGGAUUUCAACGAGCUCGUGGACGACUCCUCGAACGAGUUGGAGAUCGACAUGUCGGAUCCGGCCGCGGAUAAGGAGGACGGUGAGCGGGAUAAGACCGACGGUAAGGACAAGGAACGACCCCCGAAGAGUAACGCAUCGCCGCAGCAAAACACGGCCAGGCAACAGCUCUACUCGAGUGGCUUCCACCAGCGUUCUUACAACGAGGCUAAGAUCUCCUCGAGCGGCGGUGCCGCGUCGACGACGUCCCCGUUCUCCACCGCCUCCGCCUUCCGGCCCCCGAACACGGAGCACUCGAAGGUGGCGGCCGUCAGCCGCGGCGGAUCGUCGAGCACCGUGGCCCCCGUGACCUCCAUUCCACCCAUCGGUCCGUACCCAGCGGCCGCGACCUUCGUCGGCUAUCCACCGGCCGGACCGGUACCAGUGAUGCCGGUCCCGCAGCCGCUGGCCGGGAUGUCGACACCCGGCGAGGAGAAGCACGGCUCGACGGUAUCUCUUCUGCAGUUAAAGUCACCCAAGGACGACGUCCAGCCACCCCGAGAACCCCAGAUGCCUCCCACGACCGCCAAACCUCCCGGAAUAACUGCGGCACCCAGCCCAGACCCGAAUUCAAAACAAUACACCAUUCUUCAGCCGGCAGGCGUUGGCUCGAGGGCUGCGAGUGCGAUUCAGGACAUCGCGAGAGAAGGUGUCGUCAGUGUCGCCGCUGUCAGCAGCAGCAGUAGCAGCGCAAGUCCUGCCGUUGGCGACGUCUCGACCACCACCGGAAGUGGACAGCCGGACAACUCUGUGAUGAAGUUGGCCGAACGACCCGCGACCUUCGACGGCAUCAGGCCUGGUAUGUCGAUGUCACCCUCGAGCCUGAACAGAGAAGGCAACAAGUGCCCGACGCCGGGCUGCACGGGCCAGGGUCACGUGACCGGUCUAUACUCACACCACCGCAGCCUUUCGGGAUGUCCUCGUAAGGACAAACUGACGCCAGAGAUUCUGGCGAUGCAUGAGACUAUUUUGAAAUGUCCAACUCCCGGUUGCAACGGUCGUGGCCAUGUCAGCUCGAAUCGGAACACACAUCGAAGUCUCUCAGGUUGCCCCAUCGCCGCGGCGAAUAAGCAGGCCGCACGCGAGGCUCGUCACAAGGCUCAAGUAACGGGAAUGCCGCCAGAAUACAUAAGUACAAAUCUACUGCCGAGGUCGAUGGAUACCAAGCCGUAUUCGCAGUACGGUACGUCGUCCCAAGAGGGUAAUAAUAAGCCAGUGGCAUCACCGUCUUACGAUUACUACGCAGCUACGAAAGCUGCCGGAAUAAACAUAAAACCCCCUAAAACACCGGAGGAGAGUGGACCGCGACAAGUGAAGGUUAUACCAAAGUCGGAGUCGGGUGGCGGUAGCAGCAACUGUUGCAGCGCGGGUGGAUCGUCGGGAAGAAGUCAGCAGCCUGAAUUGCUGGUACCAAAAUCCGAGGAAACGUCGUCCUGCCGUGGAAGUUCACCCCCGCUUCCGCCACCGCCAGUAAGACAAACGUACGACUCUUAUCUGAACCAGGACUCGAACUCAUCCUCGAUGUCGUCGAUGGACGCCAUGGCCUCCAGGUCGAUGGGCCCAACGAUCCACCAUCCGAGCCAAAUAUCCGGACAGCAACACCACGUCCUCCCGAUGCAGCCGACCGUCACCUACCCCAUGCCGAUGGUCGAAGACACCAGGAUGUCUCACCAAAUGGCCCAACGCUCGCCCUACGAGUCGGCCGCGAUGAUGACCACCUCCUCCGAAGACCUCUACCACCACAGGUCCGCGGAACACGCCAGAGCCUACAUGCACCCCGUGGCCGGAAACAUUGCCAGGCCCGUGGUCACCUACUCCAACGAGAUUGCCGCCGCUCGAGCGUACGACAGCGCCGUUGUCAGCGCAGCGAACCACCGACCAUACGACCCGGGCACCGGCUCCGCCUACGAGAGGUACGAGGGUCAACCCUGCGCCCCGCUCCAGCCUCAGCCUCAGCAGCAACAGCAGCAGCAGCUCCACUCCAGGGCGAACAUGUACUACUUGGGUCAGACGGGGAUGACGCCCGAGGAACAGGAAAGAGCGUACCACCAGGAGGCCGCGGCGGCAGCGCAGCAGCACCAGAUGGCAAUGGCUGCCGCGUCGGCGGCUGGAAUGAUGAAAUCUGAAGACGUAUUCGCUCUUUCCUUUUCAGUCAAGUGCAUCACCGCUGCUCAGGCGCAACAGAUGCAGAAGUCAGGGGGACCCCCAACGUCGCCGGGAGGAUCGGUAAUGGACCUGUCUACGUCUAGUGUUACUUCCACGAGCCCCCAGGCUCCACCUUACGGUUCCAACAGCCUCAGUCCUCAGUACGGCGGCGGACAAACCGUCGGCGGAAGUCCACAGGCGGCAGCCAGCCCUCACCUAACCGCGAGUCCUCAGGUCCCGAGUCCCCAGGGUCAGACCCUGGAUCUCAGCGUCAACAGACUUCACAGCGGCGCACCCAGUCCGCAAUACUCGACUGCCCACGGUGAGGCCGUCCCGGUUCCCGUAGGACCAGGAUUUCCCCCGCCGAGACCAAUCGAGGAGCAAACGGAACCCGUCGACUUUUCAACCGCCAACGAACCCGUCAACUUCAGUGGAGGACCCGGCAUUAGGCCUGUUCCCGGAUUCCCACCGCCCGGUGUUCACGCUGCGGCAUACAGCCGCGAAAGCACUCCGGACAGCGGGGGAUCCCAUUACAUGGACGCCUACCGUGAUCCUACAGCGAUGUUACCGGAUCUCGCGACUAUUCCAGGGUACGGACCAAUGAGCCCGCAUCCUGGAUACGGGAUGGCUGGCGUCCAAGCCGAAUACCCAGGAAAUACCUACACCCCGUACCCGACGGCGGGCUACAACUGCGGAGGAGCUUAUCCCGGCGGCCCAGUCACGUCCGGGUACCAAAUUCCUGCGGGAUACACCCCGGCGCCCUGCUACAGCAUGCCACCACCUCAGCACACGAUUGGUUCCCUGGACAAACCAUCGGGAAAAGACGACAGUCUCUCCGGAUGUCCGCGUGCCGAUCGUUCGCAAAUUCAGGCGCAUUCCCAAGAACUGAAGUGUCCUACACCUGGCUGCGACGGAUCGGGUCACGUGACCGGAAAUUAUUCUUCUCACAGAAGUCUGUCCGGUUGUCCAAGAGCCAACAAACCAAAGAGUAAACCGCGCGACGGUCAAGAUUCCGAACCACUGAGAUGUCCCAUACCCGGUUGCGACGGGUCUGGCCAUGCCACUGGCAAAUUCUUGUCCCACCGCAGCGCAUCCGGUUGUCCGAUAGCGAAUCGGAACAAGAUGCGAGUCCUGGAGUCCGGAGGAACGGUCGAACAGCACAAAGCGGCAGUGGCAGCAGCGACGGCGAUGAAAUUCGAGGGUGUGAAUUGUCCGACGCCGGGAUGCGACGGUACUGGACACAUAAACGGUUCGUUUCUCACGCACAGGUCGCUGUCUGGGUGUCCAGUGGCUGGGCACACGGUGAAGAAACCGAAAUUCGAAGACAUGUCGAACAUGUACAGCAAAGGAAUCACCGGAAUGGACACCGGCGGUCCUGUUCAGGGUGGCUCUAUAGGGGCGAAUCAGGGGAACACGGUAAGCGGUGUCGGUGGUCAGGGCGAGGACCUUUACACACUGGAGGCCGAGAUCACGGAACUUCAGAGGGAGAACGCACGCGUCGAAUCCCAAAUGCUGCGCCUGCGCUCUGACAUCACCGCUAUGGAGAGCCAGCUGAAACAGGGAGACAAGGAAUCCACUGUGAUAUCUCAGCGGAACAACAACUUGAACGAGUAUUACGAGUCGUUGAGAAACAACGUGAUAACCCUACUGGAGCACGUGAGGAUCCCAAACGGGCCGGGAGGUGGUGGUCCCCAAGAAAAGAUGGGUCACGAGAAUUUCGACAGCUACUUAACAAAGCUGCAAACAUUGUGCACAGCGGACGGUUACUGCGCCGACGAGAACAACAGGCCGAUAUACGAGACGGUGAAAACCGCCCUGCAGGACUUUACCGUGUUGCCGACGCCCAUCUGAGACCAUCCGGAUAAUAAUUUCACCCUCGGGCAUAAUUCGCACCGCAAUCACACAACGUUCGAAACUUACCAGCAACGCUAGGACCGCCGAGAUGAUAUUGUCGUCUUUAUAAAUACGUACGUAAAUAAUUGUUACAACGUUGAGAUCCUAAGCAGCUAAUUUCUAAUAUCGGACAACGAAGUCGGAGAUUAAUGAUGAAUACGUUAUGUACGACAAAAAUUAAAACACGCGAACGGUUUCUUUUUUUUUUUUUUGUUUUUUUUGUUUUAAUUUUCAAUUUCGAUUACUAUUGUUUUCUCGCGUCUUUUUUUUAUUUAUUUUAUUCACCCUCCAGUUUAUUCAAUGACACGGAUAACUGUUGAUAUUGACUGUCGAAAAGUAGUGAAAAUAGAAUCGAGUGUUUUAUUUUAUCCAGUUUAAUGAAUUAACGUCAGGUGUGAUAAAAAAAAUCACGCGACAUUGUUAUCUACGACGUAGGGACUCCGUGCAAUAUUAUGUUAGGUAUUUGUUUUGAAAACGAUCAUCGCAAUGCAUAAAACAAAACGGAUAAUUACAUUAUGUACAGGCAUGAACGAAGUUUUAAAAACGUGUAAAACAAAGGUGUUCGCAAACGGUAUAAUAAUGAUAUAUAAUAAUAAUAAUGAUAACAACAAUAAUAAUAAUAAUAAUAAUAAUAAUAACAGUAAUAAUAUUAAAAAUAAUAGUAAUAAUAACGCUAUCGUAAUUCCAAUCCUCUGAUAUUAAUGACAAAGUGGAUGUGUUUUAAUCUGAAAGGGAAUAACGUGAAACUGCUAUAAUUUGAUCGAAUGAAAAUGUUUUGUACAUACACCCGAUAAGUGUAAUAUGUAAUUAUUAUCAAUAAUCUCACUAUCAACGGUUGUAAAUAUCAAUUUCAGAGAGGGGGAAGAAAAAAAAAAAACGUGAGGAAAAAAGACGCUGAAAAGAACGAAAAAAUAACGACGCUAUCGAGUUGUGUAUAAAAAUGAAAAGGAAAUAAGAAAAAAAAUAAGAAAUGAAAACGAAAAGGAUACUAACUAGCGUAGAUGUAUAUUGGACCUACUAUAUAUAUAUAUAUAUUUACAUAUUAUUCGUACGCCGGUAUUCGCAAUUAAUUAUACUGAACAGCAAAUAUGCUAGGUAUGAUAUAUAAGACCGAUGAAAAUUUGUCCAUAACUUGUAAAUAAUAAUUUUUGAAAUAUACUAAGGAUAUGAGUUUCUAUAGACGAAUUCGCGAAUAAAGUACUCCUCGCCAAUAGGGACGACUCAACGAUUGAUCGUCGUAUAAAUUUAUUAAAUUCAAUGUUAUUCAAUUGCAAAAUUGCCUGAUGGCGCAUCGGUUGCAUCAGAAUUAUUCAUCAUUUUUCUAAUCAUCGAUACUCCGCCGAUCCACGUUGAAUAAUUAUUACAUGAGUAUGAAAAAACAAUUUAUCGGUUAAUGUGCAAUAAUUAUUUCAAUUAUUGAUGAUAUUAUUAUUAUUAUUAUUAUUAUUAUUAUUAUGGUGAUAUUGCCUAGUUGCUAUAAUAAGUUGUUAUCGUCGCGUUAACUUGUUUAUUAUUUAUUAUUUAAGUAGUGCAAAUGUUCAUUACGACGAUAUUCUUUCACCAACUACCCGAAAUGAAUAUUCACUUGUUGGGAUACGAAAAAUUUAUUGUCGAAAAACCUGUGCGAUUUCAAUAAGGAAGAGAAAAAGAAAAAAAAACAACCUCAAAUAAGCAAAUUGUCUUGUUGCAGCAUAAUUUUUAUUGAUACUUGGUUCAAAGAUAUCCGUAAUUAUUGCAAAUUAAUUUUGAAAUGAGCUGUAAUGUCAUGAAUUAAUUCUUUUGAAUUUUACCGGGUGUGUAUAAAUCAUUGACGUUGUAUAUAAGAGAGUUUGUAUAACUGAAACUUGCAAGGCAAACUGAAACUCCCGAAAAUUCAACUAGCCCCGGUAUUUUUUUUCUUCUUCUUUUUGCUUGCAUUCCGCUAAUGCGUUACACCGUUUUACUCUGUACAUAGAAAAUAAACACAUAAAUUAUCUCUAAACAGCCAUUUAUGAAAAUAUGCGAUAAUAAUAAGGUAUACAAUAUUAUUAUUGUAACUACUAGUCAGUAAACGGAAACACAUGGAUUAAUAUUAAAUAUUCAUAGCAUAAAAGUAAAUACAGAAACAGGUAAAAGGCAACAAAAAAAGAAAAAAAAAAAAAAAUUCACGAUUCGAGAAAAAAAUGAAUUACUUACAGUAAGAAAGGUAGAAGAAAGAAAAAAAAAUCUCUUUUAAACAACAACGAUUCAAUUCAAAACCAAAUGUGCAAUAACAAUUAAUGACGAUAUCGAAUAUGUGAUUAUAAUUUUCCUAUACAUUAAGAUUGGAUUAUAAAAAGAAUUUGAACAAGUCUUUCCGUUUGGAAGAACUGACAUUAUACGCUAUUAAUUUGGGUGUGAUUUAUCGAUUGUUUGAAAAUAAAAAAAUAAAAAAAAAAAAAACAACCAAAUCGUAUAAUAAUCAAUGCCAAUAAUCUGGAGCACCUGAAGUUAAACUAUUUAUGUACUGCAAUUUGCUCUGUCACGAUAUUAUAUAAUUUUUUGACCAUGGAUGAUAUUCGUUAGAACGUGAUAAUGUAUAUAACAGUAGGAUAUUUGAUUAUUUAUUGAGUAAAAAAAUAAAUAAAUAAAUAAAAAAUAAAAAAUGCGGCAAAUGUUGAAACGGAUUAUUAUGGUUUAACCGUCGUCUAUAUAAUAUAAUAUAUAAAUAUAUGGGACGUUUUACGGCGUUUGCGACCAACGUUUGACCAUCUGCACCCCUCUUGAUUUUAACCUCUAUUUUUUUUACGCUGUAGUAUCGCUUGAAAUAAGAAUCUCAGAUUUUCAUUCAAAUUUUUCAAGUUAUCCUCAAGUCGGGAAUUAAAAUCGGAAAACUUGAAAAAAAGUCACAGCUUUUCAUUUCAAAUGAUACUGCAACGUGUAAUAUCAAGGAUCAGAUCGCGAUCGGAUGCAGAAGAUCAAACGCUGGUCGAAACGGCGUGGAAUGCCCUGUGUAUGGUAAAAAAAAAAAAAAAAAAAAAGUACCACGCUACUUGAAAUA